AUGCGGGGAGAGAACGAGGACGGUGAGAGUCCUUCAGGGCACCAAGCGGGAGCGAAUGGGUUGGUGCUGGCGAUGGAGAUGAGGCUGAGGGCGCUGGAAGGGCAGCUGGAGGAGACACGGAGGGGACUGGAGGAGGCUGAGAGGCGCCGGACAGAGGAGAUGUUAAUAGUGAAAGGGGAAAUGCUUACUGUGCGAGGUGAGCUGGUGGCAGUAAAGGGGGAGCUGGUGACUGUAAGGGGGGAAUUAGCGACAGCAAGAGGGGAGCUGGUGACGACAAGGGGAGAGCUGGCGACAGUGAAAGGGGAGUUAGUAACUGUCAAAGGGGAGCUGGCAACAACAAGGGGAGAGCUGGGAACAGUGAAAGAGGAGUUGGGAAUAGUUAAGUGGGAAUUUUAUGCAGUAAAAGAGGAGCUGGCGACAAGAACGGGAGAGACAUCGACAGCGAAAGGGGAGUUAAAAACAGUGAAUGGGGAAGUUGUGACAGUGAAAGAGGUGCUGGCAACAAGGGGAGAGCUGGCGACAGUGAAAGGGGAGCUGGAAACAACAAGAGGGAAGCUGGUAACAGUGAAAGGGGGUUUGAUGGAAGUGAAGAGGGAGCUGGCUGAACAGAAGGAGGGCCUGCAGAACUUGCAGGAGGAGAAAUCGGCUUUGGAGGAGGAGGUGAAGGGGCUGAGGAAAAGAGUGAGUUUGGAUGAGGCAGCAGCGAUUCAGUGCCCAGCACCGAAGCAGUCCGAGUUUGACGUUGAAGAGGAACUCAGGAAGAGCCAAGGGAGUCACAAUCUGUUUUGGCAGAGGGUCCUUGUGGCAUCAUCUAAAACAAAUCUGGACUUGAAAGGCCUUGUUGGCCUAUCGGACGCCCUCCUCGCCCACGCCCAUCGGCCCGACCCUUUUCAACACAUGCACUUCAUAGCCACGGCUCUGCACGUCUUCCAGACUCUCGUGCAAGUCGUCUUUGCAGCCACGGCAACUGUAACGAUGCUGCUCUGGUGGGCGGACGUCUCCCAAGCACAGGCCAGAGCAUGGGUGGGCGAGCAGGGCUUGGCGUUGAAGGAUGGGGUGCUGAAGCUGAAAAGUGCAGCCCGUGCUUUCGUGGAACAUGGCGCUUCAACUCUAUAUCAUAAAACCGUCCGUGGAAUGCAACAAGCGGAUAUAGAUGCUUCAAUUCAUUUAGGGCACCAGGAGGCAAUAGACGCGCUGAGAGUGGCCAUGGAAGCUCGGUUCAGGGCACUUGAAGGGCAGCUGGAGCAGACAAAGGGAGACUUGGAGGAGUCAAGGAGGGAAUCAGAGGAGACAAGGAAGGGAUUGGAGGAGACACGGAGGGAACUGGAGGAGGCUAAGAGAUUGAGAGCUAUGGAUUCAGAAGAUUCAAGAGGACGAGAGGAGGAGAAAGAGCGUGAGGUGAUGAAUGUCAAGGAGGGGUUGAUGGCAGUCAAAGGGGAGCUGUUGAGGGAGUUAGUAGCAGUCAAGGAGGGGUUGGUAGCAGUUAAAGGGGAGCUGGUUACAGUAAAGGGACAGUUGCUUGAACAGAAGGAAUGUGUGUGGAAGCUGGAAAAGGAGAGAGCUGCUAUUAAAGCGGACGUCAGUGGGCUGAGGUUAGCAGUCGGUGGGCAAUCGGCAGCAGUGGAGCAGUGCCAGGUGCCAAGGCAUGAGGAGCUGGAUGUUGAAGAUCAGUUGAAGAUGAGCAAAGGCGAUGUCAAGUCCUUCUGGCAG